AGCGAGCAUCUUCUUCAUCGAGCAUUGCCGCGGUGUCAUUAGAACAUCCACAACUCAUCAUUUUCAGCCAAGGGAGGCGCAUCUGCGUUGCAUUGUUGCCGGCCAUCGAAACACGAAAGGUCUCAAUCAUCUCUUUCUCAUCAUCCUCGUCACUUGACUCAUCUUAAGGCCCGUCCAACUGCGCAAAUGGCGGAUACACAAAAGUACUCUUUUUUUCGAUCUCUCUUGUCACAUGGGCUUCUGCGUUUGGUCGACGGAAGUCAUCAUCGUCAUCAUUAUGCAUCCCUGUUUCCACGAGGACAUGACGGCGCGCGCGGGGUGGGUAGCUUCUCCAUGGAUCUUCGGCUUUUCCGGUUGAAUCGGCUUUCCUUUCAUUUCCUAGGUCUUUUUCCCUUUUCCUUCACUCUCGUAAUUGUCUCAUCAGGCGACAGCACGCCCACGUACACACACACACACUACUUCCCUACGCACGCACAAAGAUCACAUAUACAGAGAGCGACAGGGCCCGCGCACGCGACCCGCCACUUCCUUGGCCUCCUCUACCCAUCCAGUCACAUACACAUCAAUCUGCUACAGCCAGAGUGUUGCACGACCCACUAGCGCUGCGGAGGAGGACGUCGCCCUUCCGAAGAGCGGGUAGGGACGGCGCGGCGUGACAUUACUUUU